AAUUGGCCUCUGCUGCAGAAUACAGUGACUCACUUUCAAAACUGUGGCUCUCGACCACGCCACCACUUCCAGCGCCACGAUGAGCCCUCCUAACUCCAUGGCUAAUGCCAAUGGCGACGGCAAUGGCGUGUUGAUGAAUGGGGGCAGGGUGGAUUUCGAUCCCAGCGAGGCUCCUCCCUUCAAGAUUGCCGACAUCCGCGCUGCAAUCCCGCCGCAUUGCUGGGUCAAGAACCCAUGGAGGUCGAUGAGCUACGUCCUCAGGGACGCCAUCGUCGUGCUCGGCUUCGCCUUCGCCGCCGCGAAGCUCGACAAUUGGGCUCUCUGGCCGCUCUACUGGGUCGCUCAGGGGACCAUGUUCUGGGCAAUCUUCGUCCUCGGGCACGAUUGCGGACAUGGGAGUUUCUCGGAUAGCAGGAUGCUGAACAAUGUGGUUGGACAUAUCCUGCAUUCCUCAAUCCUUGUACCUUACCACGGAUGGAGAAUCAGCCACAAGACCCACCACCAGAACCAUGGCAAUGUUGAGAAAGAUGAAUCCUGGGUUCCGCUGCCAGAGAAAGUGUACAAGGAGCUGGACACAAGCACCAAGUUCAUGAGGUUCACUAUCCCUCUCCCGAUGUUCGCUUACCCUGUCUACUUGUGGACAAGAAGCCCAGGGAAGAAAGGGUCCCAUUUCAAUCCCUACAGUGACUUGUUCGCCCCACAUGAGAGGCAAGCCGUCUUAAUUUCCACCCUCUGCUGGACAUCCAUGGUCCUACUCCUCCUCUACUCCUCUUUUCUCUUUGGCUUCCUCCCUGUCCUCAAGAUCUAUGGCCUCCCUUACCUCGUAAGUUAUUCUCCUCUACCCUCCCUUCUUCUUUCUUACCACUUUUUACAGCAAGCAGCAAGCAAGUUGAACUGUCUUGUCUGCCAGCCGCCUGGAUGAUGCAUUAUUGUUAAGCUUGACUAUUAGAGGUGUUUUGUAUUAUGCUUUUAUAUUUGUGGCAUGGCUGGACAUGGUGACAUACCUUCACCACCACGGGUACGAGCAGAAGCUGCCAUGGUACCGAGGGAAAGAGUGGAGCUACCUGCGUGGAGGGCUCACAACCGUUGAUCGAGACUACGGGAUCAUCAACAACAUCCACCACGACAUUGGCACCCAUGUCAUUCACCACCUCUUCCCUCAGAUCCCACACUACCACCUCAUAGAAGCGACAAAGGCAGCGAAGCCGGUGCUGGGGAAGUACUACAGAGAGCCAAAGAAGUCAGGGGCAUUCCCGUGGCAUCUGUUCGGCUACUUGGUGAGAUCCCUUGGAGAAGAUCACUAUGUCAGCGACACAGGGGAGGUUGUCUUCUAUCAGUCAGACCCUGAGAUCUUCACAUUCUCCAAGCCCAAGUCCAACUGAUGAAGGAGAGUGAGACUCUCACUCCACCUCACCAAUGUAGUUUAAAAACGAUGUCAUAAAAUGUAAAAACGUACGUUUUUUUACGUUUUAGACCAGGCCAGCCAAACCCAUCAGUUUCUACAUAAAAACGUUUUGUGUGCAAAAAACGUCAAAGAAUGCAAUAAAACGUACGUUUUUUGUACGCCUCUGAACAACAUCUGAAAUUGCUGAUCAGCAGCUAAAUCGACGCCUUUUUCUUCCUGUAUUAACGUCUCAACGACCACCGACUCUCUACCUCCUGAGCGUCUGGGGUUAAUAUUGAAUCCUCGUGGUGGCAGCA